AAAUAUUUCGUCUCUCACCACUUUCCGCCAUUUCGUCGAUCCAUUUCUUUUUCCCUUCUACUUGGCGGGAAAGGGUACAACCUUUGCCCAUCUUCUCUCUCCCAUCUCUGGCUAGGGUUUCCAUGCUCCCAUCUUCUCUCUGUGUUUCUCUCUCUAAGGGUUUCUAGGAUUUUGAGGAGUUCUUCUGGGUGUCAGGGGGCCAAGAUGAGCUUCCGGAAGGGCUCCAAGGUCUGGCUCCAGGACAAGGAAUAUGCCUGGGUGGAGGCCGAAGUGAUCGGUGCCGGAGAUAAGCUCCUGAUGGUAGCCACAGCUCGGAGGGCGAAGAUUAUGGUUGGUCCGGAGAAAUUACUGCCUAGGGAUCCGGAUGAGGAUCUUGGAGGGGUCGAUGACAUGACGAAGUUGACUUAUCUCAACGAGCCUGGGGUUCUUUACAAUCUUGCAAGAAGAUACGCCCUCAAUGAGAUAUAUACAUAUACAGGAAGCAUCUUGAUUGCAGUCAAUCCAUUCACAAAGCUUCCUCAUCUGUAUAAUGAACACAUGAUGGAGCAAUAUAAGGGUGUCCGAUUUGGGGAGUUGAGUCCACAUAUUUUUGCUGUUGCUGAUGCAUCCUAUAGAGCUAUGAUGGAAGAGGGCCGCAGUCAGUCUAUUUUGGUUAGUGGAGAAAGUGGGGCAGGGAAGACAGAGACAACAAAACUUAUUAUGCAAUAUCUGACAUAUGUUGGUGGGAAGGCUGCUGUGGAUGAUCGAACGGUUGAGCAACAAGUUCUCGAAUCAAAUCCACUUUUGGAAGCAUUUGGUAAUGCAAAGACAGUUAGAAAUGAUAACUCAAGUCGCUUUGGAAAAUUUGUUGAGAUCCAGUUUGAUGGAAGUGGUAGGAUAUCUGGCGCAGCAAUUAGAACCUAUCUUUUGGAAAGGUCUCGUGUAGUGCAGAUUACAGAUCCGGAAAGAAACUACCACUGUUUUUAUCAAUUAUGUGCUUCUGGAAAGGAUGCGGAAAAGUACAACCUUGGUCAUCCAAGGAACUUCCACUACUUGAAUCAAAGCAAGGCAUAUGAAUUAGAUGGAGUGAGCAACGCUGAAGAAUAUUUGAAGACAAGGCGGGCAAUGGAUAUAGUUGGUAUAAGUCUUGAUAAUCAGGAAGCUAUAUUUCGCACCUUGGCUGCUAUUCUUCAUCUUGGUAAUAUUGAAUUUUCUCCUGGCAAGGAGCAUGAUUCUUCAAUUAUUAAAGACUCGAAGUCUAACUUUCACCUUCAAAUGGCUGCAAAUUUGUUCAUGUGUGAUCCGGAUCUUAUGCUCGCGACGUUGUGUUCUCGCUCCAUACAGACUCAUGAAGGAAAUAUUAUUAAAGCACUUGACUGUGCUGCUGCUGCAUCUAAUCGUGAUGCUUUAGCCAAGACUGUAUAUGCACAAUUGUUUGACUGGCUUGUUGAAAACAUUAACAAGUCUGUUGGACAGGAUUUGGAUUCCAAGAUACAGAUUGGUGUCUUGGACAUUUAUGGCUUUGAGUGCUUUAAAAAUAACAGCUUUGAGCAAUUCUGCAUUAACUUUGCAAAUGAGAAACUCCAACAACAUUUUAAUGAGCAUGUAUUUAAAAUGGAGCAGGAGGAUUACAGAAAUGAGGAAAUCAACUGGAGCUAUAUCGAAUUCAUAGAUAAUCAAGAUGUUCUGGAUUUGAUUGAGAAGAGACCAAUUGGAAUAAUCUCACUCCUGGAUGAAGCUUGCAUGUUUCCAAAGUCAACACAUGAGACAUUUUCUACCAAGCUGUUUCAGAGCGUCGGAUCACAUCCCAGAAUAGAAAAGGCAAAGUUCUCAGAAACAGAUUUUACCAUAUCCCACUAUGCUGGGAAGGUGACAUAUCAAACAAAUUCUUUUUUGGACAAAAAUCGAGAUUAUAUUGUUGUAGAACACUGCAAUCUUUUGUCUUCUUCACGAUGUUCUUUCAUAUCUGGUCUGCUUGCUUCACUUCCAGAGUCUUCAAGAUCAUCAUACAAAUUUUCUUCUGUGGCUUCGAGAUUUAAGCAACAACUUCAAGCCCUUAUGGAAACACUCAACUCAACAGAGCCUCAUUACGUACGCUGUGUAAAACCAAACUCUUUAAACCGUCCUCAAAAGUUCGAGAAUCAGAGUGUCUUGCAUCAAUUGCGAUGUGGGGGUGUCCUGGAGGCUGUUCGGAUAAGUCUUGCUGGUUAUCCUACUCGAAGGAUUUAUUCUGAAUUUGUAGAUCGGUUUGGACUUCUAGCACUGGAGCUCAUGGAUGGAAGUUACGACGAAAAAGUUCUGACCGAGAGAAUCCUCCAAAAGAUGAAGCUCGACAACUUUCAGUUAGGCAGAACUAAGGUUUUCCUGAGGGCUGGUCAGAUUGCAGCUUUGGAUUCUCGGCGUAAUGAGGUUUUGAAUAAUGCUGCAAGGUUUAUUCAGGGUUGUUUCCGAACAUUUAUUGCUCGCAAAGCAUUUAUUGCAACUAGGGAGGCUGCAGUUACUCUCCAAGCAUAUUGCAAGGGCUGUUUGGCACGAAGUAUAUAUGAAAUUAAAAGACAAAUAGCAGCAGCUGUGUUAAUUCAAAGACAUGGAAGAAGAUGGCUGUUACGCCAUGCCUUCUUGCAGGUUUACUCAGCAGCUGUUGUUAUUCAGUCUGGUAUUCGAGGUUUUCUCGUUCGCCAAAGAUUCAUCCGCAUAAAGGAGCACAGAGCUGCCAUGCUGAUCCAGUCAUGGUGGAGAAUGUGGAAGGCAUGCAUGGUUUUCCGGCAAUGCCGUUGUGCUGCAGUAUCUUUACAAUGUGCUUGGAGACAGAAACUGGCAAGAAGAGAACUUCGGAAGCUUAAAUUGGCUGCAAAUGAAGCUGGUGCACUACGUGAAGCAAAGAAUAAACUUGAGAAAAGACUAGAAGAUCUUACUUGGCGCCUGACUUUAGAGAAGAGGCUGCGGGUAGCUGGUGAAGAGUCAAAGUUAGUUGAAGUGUCAAAGCUUCAGAGGGCAUUGGAAUCAUCAAAUGCUGAUUUAAAUGCUGCUAAAUUGGCCACUGUUAAUGAACAUACUAAGAAUAUGUUGCUUCAGAAUCAGUUAGACUGCUCACUGAAGGAUAUAGCAACUUUACGGGGUAGUCUCACUGAAAUGACAGAACUAAAAAAAGAAAACCUCUAUUUGAAGAACUCAGUUGAAUCCCUGGGAAAAAGGAAUUCUGAAUUGGAGAACGAACUUCUUGAUGCUCGAAAAUGUAGCGAUGAUACCUUGGAGAAAUUGCGAGAUUCGGAAGCUAAAUGUAUACAGCUGCGGAAAAACUUGCACAACUUGGAGGAGAAGCUCUCAAAUUUACAAGAUGAAAAUCAUGUUUUGAGGCAAAAAGCACUGAGUGUAUCUCCCAUGAAGAGCCAUUCUGGGGUUCUGAACCCUUUUGCAGAGAAGCAUUCUGGUGUGCUUGCGCUUCCCAACAUUGACCAGAAGACUGUACCUGAAACUCCAACGCCUACAAAAUUUCUUGUUCCUCUUCCGCACAGCUUAACUGGUUCACGGAGAACAAGAAUACCUGUUGAAAGGCAUGAGGAACAUCAUGAACUCCUUUCAAGGUGUAUUAAUGAAAAUUUGGGGUUUCAAAAUGGUAAACCAAUUGCUGCUUGUAUCAUAUAUAAAUGCCUUCUUCAUUGGCGUGCUUUUGAGGCUGAGAGGACAGCUAUUUUUGAUUACAUAAUCGAGGCAAUCAAUGAUGCUCUAAAGGUGGACAAUGAGAAUGAUAUCUUUCCUUAUUGGUUAUCCAAUACUUCAGCACUUCUAUGCCUCUUGCAAAGGAACCUACGAUCAAAUGGGUUCCUUACUACACCUUCUAGACGUUCUGCUGGGUCUUUGAGUUUAAGUGGAAGGAUAGUACGAAGUCUAAAAUCUCCUUCAAAGCUUAUUGGACCAGAAGAUAGCAUGAUGCAUGUUGAUGCACGGUACCCAGCUAUAUUAUUUAAGCAGCAGUUGACAGCUUGCGUAGAGAAGGUUUUUGGAAUGAUCAGGGAUAAUCUUAAGAAGGAGAUCUUACCACUUUUGAAUCACUGUAUUCAGGCUCCAAAAUCUACUAGAGCAUCUGUUGGAAGGGCAUCUAAAUCACCUGGAGGCAUUUUGCAACAACCAUUGAGCUCUCAUUGGGAUAGCAUUAUCAGAUUCUUGGAUUCACUUAUGGACCGAUUACGCCAAAACUAUGUGCCUUCCUUUUUUAUCCGCAAACUCAUCACCCAGCUCUUCUCCUUCAUCAAUAUCCAACUUUUCAAUAGUCUACUGCUGCGGCGUGAAUGUUGCACAUUUUCUAAUGGAGAGUAUGUGAAGUCUGGGCUUGCAUUGCUGGAGAAGUGGAUUGCUGAUGUUACGGAGGAGUAUGCAGGAACCUCUUGGCAUGAGCUAAAUUACAUCAGACAAGCUGUGGGGUUUCUGGUUAUACAUCAGAAGCGGAAAAAGUCUCUUGAAGAGAUUAGGCAAGACCUUUGCCCGGCGUUAAGUGUACGGCAAAUAUACCGAAUAUGCACGAUGUACUGGGAUGACAAAUACAGUACGCAGAGCGUAUCAAAAGAGGUUGUUGCAACAAUGAGGGAUAUUGUUAACAAAGAUUCUCAGAAUCUUGUGUCAAAUUCUUUUUUGUUGGAUGAUGAUCUAAGCAUUCCAUUCUCCACGGAAGAUAUAUCAAAGGCUAUUCCUGCAGUUGAUCCUGCAGAUGUUGAAGCCCCACAACCUCUUCAUCAGCUUCCAUCUGCCCAGUUUCUAUUCCAGCAUCCUGAGGUCUCAAGUUAGAAACUGCUACAGUCAAAAUCCAACUCAUCCUAUUUUUGGUUCAUGGAGAUAUAUUGCUGCACAUUGCACUGCUAGAUAGAAAUGCCGGAGCAAUGGAUGAUCUGAAGCAAACAAAGAACUAUCGGCAGCAGCAAUAUUAAGUCUGUUGCUCCCAACAAUUCAGUUUUCAUCAAAGUAAACUUGUGAAAAUACCAAAACCCGGCCAAAUGAUAGGGUCGUGUAUCAUUAGUGUCAUCAUCUCCUGGCAUUUGCGUGGCUUAGGCCUGUUGUAAUACGAAUAUGGGGUCAUUAUUUUUUGUCAUGGCCAUGUUCCAUUCUAUUUCUGUUGUAAGUUCAGGGUUCAGGUAAACUGUAGCAGACUUUGUUGAAAUUAUGGUGAGUAACAAUAUUUCUCUAUCAAAGAGUUCAUUUAUUCAUGUGCCAA